AUGGACCCCGAAGGAGCCAGCGCGGCUGCUCCUGAAGACCGCCGCAAUCAGCAGGUCGACAAUGCCAUUCGCGCUAUUCGCGAGAAGAAGCCUCUGCCCGAGAUUGACUUCACCAUCCAUACUAUGGAAGAUGGCACCCAAGUCAACACUCUCGAGCGAGUUUGCAAAGACGUCCAAGCUCCCGCCAUGUUCACUCCCUCUGAUGAGCAGUUCUUCGAGGACGAAACUCACACGAAGCCCAACAUCAACUUUCUCAAGCAGCAUUUCUACCGCGAAGGUCGCUUGACCGAAGAGCAGGCCCUAUGGAUUCUCAGAACCGCCACCGAGCUGCUCCGUGCCGAGCCCAACCUCCUCGAGAUGGAUGCGCCCAUCACCGUAUGCGGUGAUGUUCACGGCCAAUACUACGACCUCAUGAAGCUGUUCGAAGUUGGUGGCGACCCUUCUGAGACAAGAUAUCUUUUCCUCGGUGACUACGUCGAUAGAGGUUACUUCAGUAUCGAGUGUGUCCUCUACCUCUGGUGCUUGAAGAUCCACUACCCCAAGACCCUGUGGCUGCUUCGCGGCAACCACGAGUGUCGCCACUUGACCGACUACUUCACCUUCAAGCUCGAGUGCAAGCACAAGUACUCUGAGUCCAUCUACGAAGCCUGCAUGGAGUCUUUCUGCAGUCUUCCUCUGGCUGCCGUUAUGAACAAGCAGUUCUUGUGCAUCCACGGUGGCCUGAGUCCCGAGCUCCACACUCUGGACGACUUGCGAAACAUCGACCGAUUCCGCGAGCCGCCGACCCAGGGACUCAUGUGCGACAUUCUUUGGGCUGAUCCUCUCGAGGACUUUGGACAAGAAAAGACCAGCGAUUACUUCCUGCACAACCACGUCCGUGGUUGCUCGUACUUCUUUUCCUACCCGGCCGCUUGCAACUUCCUGGAGAAGAACAACCUGCUCUCCGUCAUUCGAGCCCACGAGGCGCAGGAUGCAGGCUACCGAAUGUAUCGGAAGACGCGCACCACUGGAUUCCCUAGUGUCAUGACCAUCUUCUCCGCACCCAACUACUUGGACGUCUAUAACAACAAGGCUGCCGUUUUGAAGUACGAGAACAAUGUCAUGAACAUUCGUCAGUUCAACUGCACGCCUCACCCGUACUGGCUGCCAAACUUCAUGGACGUCUUCACCUGGUCGCUGCCGUUCGUCGGAGAGAAGAUCACGGACAUGCUCAUCGCCAUUCUCAGCACAUGCUCCGAAGAGGAACUCAAGGAGGAUGCUACUCCCUCCUCCACAUCACCUGGGCCUCUGUCGCCUCCCCUGUCCGGAGCCUUGCCCCAGGACCCCGAAUCGAUCGAGUACAAGCGACGAGCCAUCAAGAACAAGAUCUUGGCUAUCGGGCGUCUUUCGCGUGUCUUCCAGGUGCUGCGUGAGGAGUCUGAGCGGGUCACAGAGCUCAAGACUGUUUCUGGUGGCAGAUUGCCCGCUGGAACGCUCAUGCUCGGUGCCGAGGGUAUCAAGAACGCCAUCAAUACCUUUGAGGAUGCUCGCAAGGUCGACUUGCAGAACGAAAGGCUGCCCCCUAGCCACGAGGAGGUUGUGAAGCACCAAGAGGAGGAGAGAAAGCAGGCUUUGGAAAAGGCGGCCGAGGAUGCUGCCAACGAUAAGAAGUUGCAGCAGCUGUCGAGGAGACUGAGCACGUGA